AUGGAUCUUCACGCGGGGAUGAAGCGAAAAUUAUCGCAAAUUAGCAAGGUCAAGCCGAAAGCAGACAACGGGCAGAGCGCGGAGCUGGCUAAUAACGCGGACGACCCGAGCCGGAGGUUCUUUCACAGCGACGACUCGCCGCGCGAAGCUGCUGGCGGAAGGCCUGCCGCAGGCUCCGCGGUCGUCCUGAAAUCCGCGCUGAAAGGCGGAAAAGGGGGCGAGAAAGGGGGGAAGGAAGCUGCGGGGAAGGGUAAGGGGAAGGCGGUAGGUUUUGCGGACGCGGAUGAGGGGGAGGAGGGCGGAGAGGCGGAGCUGAGAACGGGCGGAAGAGAGGUGCGCCUGCCAACUGUUGCGGAGGGCGCUGGCUCAGAUUCCGCGGAACCAGGGGGCUGCUGCCUCCCUUCUCUUCACACCAAGAGAGACUUUGCAGGCUGGGAGCUGCUGGAUCGCUUCACACCCGAGCAGAUGAACCGUUACGAGGCGUAUCGACGGUCAGGAUUCAAGCAGGCCAGUAUGCGACGGCUGGUGCACGGGGUGGCGGGAGCCACAGUGAGUCCGCAGCUGGGCAUCGUGAUGUCGGGCGUGGCGAAGCUCAUGGUGGGCGAGCUCGUCGAGACGGGUGAGCUCGUCGAGACGGGUGAGCCGAAGGUGGCAGGGUGGUGGAGGGUGGUGGGAGGGCGAAAGGGGUGUUGCAAGCUUGGGCAUGGGGGGGAAGGCGGCACUAGCAAUGCUGCUGGUGGGGGGUGGGAGGAUGGGGAUGGGGAGGCUGGUGGAGAGUAG